UAGUAAUCUUUUUGUAAACAUUUCAGAAAAUCUGUGAUAAUCUCUUCGAAAAAGCUCUAAAAGUACCAAAAUGACCUCAAGCCUUUAAAAAUAUCUAAAAAAUCACUCAUUAAAUGUUGUAAAAAAAGUUAACAUUUAAAAAUUUAAACGAAUAAAACUCAAAAUGUCUGAUCUCCCACUUUUUGGAACAAAUGUUGACAAAUCAAAGGUUCCCCCAAUCCAUCAAAAACGAAUCGUAAAUGCCUUCGUCAACAGUUUCAUCAUCAAAACGGCGACAUUUCUCGAGGACUUUGCCACUCAAUGCGAAGAUAAACUCAUGAAUUUCGAAGUAAAACUGCGACAAGUUGACACCCAAUUAAAACUCAUUGAAGCCAAAUUGGAAUCAGUUCCUCUCGUUGCUGGACAACAAAAUUCUCAACCAAUUCCAACACCUGCGAUUGUUCAAACAAAAGUCGAAGAGCCUCAAAAUGAGAGUAAAAGUGAUGAAAUCACGGAAAAUUUAUCGCCCGAAGAAAAAACAGAAGAAAAAAUUGCAGAAACUGAGACAAAAAGUGACGGCGUGAAAGCCAAAGACGACUAUCGCUACAAAAAAUACUUUAAAAUGAUGCAUUUUGGAGUGCCCGCCGCUGCAGUAAAGCAAAAAGUGCAAGCUGAAGGCAUGGAUCCCGACAUCUUGGACAAUCCCGAUCAAAUUUUGCCUGAUGGCGUAAUCGAACCCGUUGCUGUCGAGACAGAUUCUGACUCAGAUUCCGACUGAUUUCGCGUCUUUCACAAAAUACAGAUUUUUUUUUUUUGCAAAUGAAAUCCA